GCAUUACUGUUUCUUUCCCAAUGCGAGCAGGGAUCCUGUCCUAACUCACCGCUCAGCAACAGCUACUACGGGCACCAAUCACAGUACAGCAGCUUUACAGUAUGUCACGAAAGUACACACAGGGAGAAGUAUGGACCAGGAGACAUGUUAUAGUACUUCUCCUUGGUCGUUAAUAUGGUUCUGCGACCCAAUCCCAUCUUCGCAGAUCAGGAGGAAUAUCAGAGGAACGACCUGGCACUUCCGCCCUACUUGCUUCGCAUAGCCGAACUUCACUCGCCGGUCAAUUCUGCCCGGCCGAAUCAGUGCUUUAUCGAGCUUCUCGGGAUGGUUAGUUGCCCUUCCUACACCUCCAACUUUAGAACCUCCUCGAUCAAAGCUCUCAUCUCAUGGCCAUCAGAAUCUGGCAAGCGCCGCUGCGCAGCCUUGUUGGCAUCGACAUCCUCCAGGAGCACAAUACAACGACCUGGAAGAUCGUCGAAGAGCUUCCUGAGCUGACUAUCACCCACACUGCCGGCGAGAUUCAACUUGUAUACAUCGAGACCGAAGUAGAUAACCCCGACGGUACGGUAUAUUCACAUCAUUCCGGAAUAUCCAUACAGCUUCUUUAUUUCUUAUAUCAUUAUUGCUAGUCUUGGGACCUUCUUUGGUACACCGAAAUUUAAAGCAUUGGAGGAUUGAUAAAUUGGGUGGCUGUCAGUUGAGUGUUCGGUCCAUAGAUGAUGGCUCGGAUCGCAAAGAUUCGUAUGUACCUUAUCUAAGUGUGACGGAG